AUAAAUGUCAGAACUUACAGACGGUGUUGCCAAUUUGACCAUUGAACAAGACAAGGCUACUGUAUCCGGAGUCUCUCAAAAUGUAACACCUUGGGAAGUAGAAGGAGCUAUUGUCGAUGGUGUUCAACAGGCUAUUGACUAUAACAAGUUGAUUGAACAGUUUGGUACCCGACCUAUUGAUGAUGCUUUAUUGGAACGAUUUGAAAAACUCACAGGACGUCAACCUCAUAUAUUCUUGAAAAGAGGUGUCUUUUUCUCUCAUCGAGAACUUGGCAAUAUCCUUGACCGUUACGAACAAAAGAAACCAUUCUUCUUGUACACGGGCCGUGGACCUUCUAGUGCCGCCAUGCAUCUUGGACAUAUGGUUCCUUUUAUCUUUUGCCAGUGGUUACAAGACGUGUUUGACGUGCCUUUGGUCAUUCAGUUGACUGACGAUGAAAAGUUUUUGUUCAAGUCCAAUUUGACCGUGGAGAUGUGUAGACAGUUUUCCAAAGAUAACGCAAAGGAUAUCAUUGCCUGUGGAUUUAAACCUGAAAAGACCUUUAUUUUCUCAGACUUUGACUAUGUCAGUGGCCCCUUUUAUCAAAAUGUCGUUCGAAUUGCCCGUUGCAUUACUAUCAAUCAAUCCAAGGCUACCUUUGGUUUCAAUGAUAGUGAUAAUGUAGGCAAAGUUCAUUUUGUGUCUGUCCAAGCUGCUCCUUCUUUCUCCAACUCUUUCCCUCAAAUCUUUGGAAACAGAUCGGACAUUCCUUGCCUGAUUCCCUGUGCUAUUGACCAAGAUCCUUACUUCCGUUUGACUCGUGAUGUAGCCAAACGAUUAAAGUAUCCCAAACCUAGUUUGAUUCAUGCUAAAUUCUUUCCAGCCUUACAAGGUCCUCAAACCAAGAUGAGCGCAUCGAUCGAUACUUCUGCCAUUUUCAUGACCGAUACACCCAAACAGAUCAAGAACAAGAUCAACCGACACGCUUUUUCAGGUGGAGGUGCUACGCUUGAAGAACAUAGAGAAAAGGGAGGUAAUCCAGAUGUGGAUGUGGCCUACCAGUAUCUUUCUUUCUUUUUAGAGGAUGACGAAGAGUUGAAACGCAUUCAUGAUUCUUAUAAAUCGGGUGAAUUAAUGACGGGUGAACUAAAGAAGAGAUGUAUCGAAGUGUUGCAGAAAUUCGUUGGAGAAUUUCAAGAAAGAAAGAAUGCAAUCACAGACGAAACGAUUGCUUAUUUUAUGGACAAGGACAAAAAGAUCGAAGCUUAAAAAUAAAUGUGUAACAAUUAAAUCAUCAAGGGUCCCUUUUUUUUUGGCGCACACACCAAAUCUCAAAGGAGUGGCAUUGUCUUCUUCUUGAGCAGUACGCGUCAAUAAUUGCAAUUUAACCAUAAAUAGACAUCUUUGAUAUGUCUAUAGCUUACCCUUAGGAGCCACCACCUGCUUCACUUAAUAACAUAGUAUAUAUGCAUGGUUUUUUAUAGUAAUUUGUUUUUAUACCAAUGGGGAUUGGUAUAAAAUCGCUGGGGA